AUGGAGAGGUCUAGAUCUAAACGGAAUUACUACUAUGACCAUGAAUAUGAUUCUGAAACCUUUGCGAGAACUAGGCCACGCUAUAACCCCCACAACCACCACCAUACCAGCUCCUACCGCCACCGUGGCGCCGGUGAACGCGGCGGAGAUCGCGGCGGCGGACGACAUGUUAAGACCCAUGACUCACCGUUAACGGUGACUACUAGUUACCGCAUUCUUUGCCAGGACUUGAAGGCCGGCGGUGUGAUUGGGAAGUCUGGCUGUAUUAUUAAGUCGAUUAGACAGCACACCGGCGCGUGGAUCAACGUGCAUGAGCCGGUAGCUGGAGAUGAGGAGCGGAUUAUCGAGAUUUCUGACACGCGCCGGCGGGAUCCGGAUGGGAGGAUGCCGUCGUUUUCGCCGGCGCAGGAGGCGUUGCUGCUGAUUCAUGACAGGAUUUUAGAGAGCGAUCCGGGGUUUGGCGAGGACGAGGAUGAGUACGGUGGCGGAAGAGGUGGUGGUGGGGGCAAGCGGGUGUCUAGUAGGUUGAUUGUUUCGAAAAUGCAUGUUGGAUGUUUGUUGGGAAAAGGAGGGAAGAUAAUUGAACAAAUGAGGAUUGAAACGAAGACACAAAUUAGGAUUCUACCUAGAGAUCACAAUCUACCUCGCUGUGUUGCCUUGUCUGAAGAGAUUGUUCAGGUUUCAGGGGACAUUCAUAAUGUGAAAACUGCUUUUCAAAUCAUAUCUUCCCGGUUGAGGGAGAGUCAGCAUCGAGACCGAAGUUUGGGUGCUGGUGGUGGUGGUCAUUUCCAUGGACGAGGAUAUUCGCCAGAGCGUUAUUACACCCCUGAUGAUGAUUAUGUUCCUCAUCUGACUGGUGGUUCGAGGAGAUCAUCUGUGGAGAGGGCUGGUUUUGGAUCUCGAGCAGCUAACACCAAUUCCAGAAACAAUAACCGGAACUCGUUAGGUUAUGCAAUGGAUAGAGGGGUUUCUCCUGUGGCUGAUGAUGGACAACCCGUCUAUGAGGCCCUUGUUUUUCGUAUACUUUGUCCAGUUGAUAGAGUUGAUCGUAUUGUUGGGGAAUCAGAUGGAAUUAUGGGGCUUCUUCAGAAUGAAGUUGGCGUAAAUGUUAAGGUCGCUGAUCCUGUUGGCGGUUCAGAUGAACAGAUGGUUAUCAUUACUUCAGACGAGGGUCCCGAUAAUUCGAUGUUCCCAGCUCAGGAAGCUCUGUUACAUAUACAAACCUGCAUUGCUGAUCUUGUUCUAGAUAGGGAUAAUAUAAUUACCACCAGGCUUGUUGUCCCUAGAAGGGACAUUGAAUGCUUAGAUGGGAACAAUGCAUCACUGUCUGAAAUAGGGAGGUUGACUGGUGCAAGUAUUCAAAGAUUGCCUAGAGAAGAACUACCGCCCUGCGUUGCAAACACUGAUGAAUUGGUCCAGAUUGUGGGAGAGAUAAAAGAAGCUCGGGAUGCUGUUCUUGAUGUGACUUCAAGAUUAAGAAGUUAUGUCUAUAGGGAUUUCUCACAAAGGGACACAGUACCUCCAUCUGCCCCCUUUCCUGGUGUGGAGGCAUCUUCUCAUAAUAUGGCUACAGUAGCUGAAACUGCCACUAGCAAUCAAAACAUGCAAAGUGUGGCAGUAGCCCUUGCGUCAAAGGAAACUGGAGGAUCUAGCACUGAGUCGGGAAAGCAGAAAGAAAAUGACCGCCGUGAUGAUCUGCCUAGUGGUUUAAAUAGGACCGUGUCUCUUGUCACAAGGAGUAUACUUGAAGUUGUCAUACCCGAGUAUGCAGUUCCAAAGCUUUUAGCAAAAUCUAAAAGCAAGCUUGCCCAGAUAAGUGAGUUAUCGGGAGCCAGUGUAACGCUUAUAGAGGAUAGACCAGAUGAGAAAGAGAAUAUUAUUCAGUUAUCCGGUACUCCAGAGCAGGCAGAGAGAGCGCAGAGCUUGCUCCAGGGAUUUAUUUUGAGCACCCAAGAAGAUGGUCCUUAA